AUGUCUACCAAUCUGCUAAUUCUUAGAUUUGCAUCUCGAGAGAAAGUGGUUGGCCUUUUGGCAGAACUGGUAGAGCAAAAUCAGUUCGAUGAAGUGUUAGAACUUGUACAGUCAGCAUCAUUAAGUCUAUCGGACUGUACUAGCAUUGUUGAUAGGAUAUUUGAUAAAUUUCAAAAGAAAUUAGCUUCAGUUCUCGAAAGUUUUAGGGAAAAUUAUACCGCUGAGAGAGAUUAUAUUCAAGUAUUUCAAAAUUCAAAAGAGCUCCAGACAUAUUUUGAACUAAUUUCAAAAAUCCCUGAACUAUGGGAACAGUUUAAUAACUGGAUUAAUACGAAUUUUUUGUGUUACGUGCACCAAAAUACUAAAAGACUAUUCAGUGAGGACUUCUAUACAAAUGUUGUCAUUCGUUUAAUUAAAGUCGAUGAAACAACCUCAAAUGAAGACUCUGGUGACGAUCUAGAAAUUGAAUUAUUGCUGAAUGUUUUGGAAUGUGUCUAUUUGAGUGAAGUUUCACCCGCUGUCAAUCACUGGGAAUGGGAUCAUGUCCUAAUACUUUUCCUAAACUCCAACAUUGAGUCCAUUGCUUCUACGACAUCCAAAUUGAUGAGGUGGAGGGUUCAACAGAUUUAUGGCACUUGCCUAUUGCAUACUGACACUGAUGAACUAACUUGGGAGUCUAUAAAAUACAUGUUUUUGGAGGCUAAAUUCCAAGACUGGAAAGAACGUAACGCAUUAACUUUUCUUCUUAGAUUCUUAGCUAAAAACGAAUUAUCGCCUAAUCAGUCUCAGUUCAUGAUGACAGCUCAAUACUGGGAAAAUAUUAAUACCGCUUUGAAUCAUAAGGUUCAUGAAUAUAGAAAAUUAGCUCUUUCAAUUUUAAAACUUUCAGUUCAAAGAAUUUCAGGUAGUGAAAUAACAUCGACGAAUAUAGACUUAUUCAACUGGAGUACCACCCAAAAAGGUGACAUUUUGGAAUCAUGGAAAAAAUACACUACAUUAUAUGAAAUGAUUGCUUUAGAUACGUCAUUGAACCAGAUCGAAGCUGCUAAAAGCGAUAUUUGUUCUUUAUUUGAAGAUCGAUUCAUUCAUCCGGAUUGGAACCUAAUUUUACUUUCUACUGGCUUACAAUCUUCAAUGGAAAGUGUAAGAAAAUACUUUGCUUCUUUGCUCUUCGAAGAUCCAUUCCAAAAGACACUUUCAGCGAAUAUGUCACUAUUGAGAACAACUUUCUUGCCUUCUACAUUGUUGGCAUAUAAUUUCACUACUACUGAGGACUUGAAUUGUCCUUAUGGGGAUAAGCUUUCAGGUUUUGUUUAUAACCUUUUGAAUCACGCUGCUUUAAAUUCAAAAUUAUCGACUUUGGAAUGUGUUUUGAAUGUACUAGUUGACCAAGGUCCCUCUUUUGAACCUGCCAGAAUUUACGUCGCAUUUGGCAUCUUACAAUUUUUGCAGGAAAAUGAGAGCUCUUUGAUUGAACUAAAUCAUCUACUUUUGAUCAGGAAACUGUUUGAAUUUGAGAGUGAAGAAGAGAUUUUCCAGAUUUCCAUUCAAACAAUUUAUUUGAAAAUGCUGUUGUAUACAAGCUCUACCAUAUCUGUUAAUGACUGGAUUGGAACUAUAUUGGUUCAUUUGAGAUGUUGCAAAACCUACAAAUUCAUAAGACCUUUGAUACCGUCCUUCAAAAAGAUUGCUUUGGAUAAAUUCGAUUCAAAAGGCACUUAUGAGGCCUUGCUCAAGAAAGAGCCUGUAAAUGAUGUUAUCGUAUAUCUGCUGUUCGAACUUGAAUUAUCAAGUGAGGAUAUUUAUAAGGAAUACAUUAUAGAAUUAAUUGCUUCCGGUUGUGAUUUUGAAAAUAGCGACAAGAUAGAAUCUUUAGCUUGGGAGUUUAUGAGUGAAUUGAUCAGCAACGAUUAUUCUGAUGAUAAAUAUCUUCGAAUGGAAAAGAUACUUCCUAUCAUUGACAAAGAAAAGCUGGAGUCUGCUGAUUUUGAUGGCUUAUAUGGCUCAUUAUUAAAGAAUUUCUCAAACUCCAAAUUUAUGUUUUUUACAGGAAUCUGCAGGAUAGUUGGUGGUACCUAUGUCACAUUAGAACAAAUGCUAAAUAUAUAUCCCUCAUUAGUGGAGUGCAUCAACGCAUCUGAUAAUAUGAGUUUCAGAACGAAAGAUAUCCUUUACGGGGCAUAUUUUAACGCGAUUACAUCGAUCAUCGACGAGACCUCGACUGAAGAUGUUCUUGAAAAAUUACUUGACAUUUUGACAAGCAUUGUUCUGAAUUACAAUUCCUAUUACAAUACUAAUAUGGCAAUCGCUGAGUUUUACAUCAAAAUUUUUACCUUUAAGCUUUCUCAAAAUUAUGUCGAAAAAUCUGCAAAAUUAUUACUGAAGAUAUGGGAAAUAAUUAGUAGAGAGAGGCUAGUGUUGAAAGAAAAAAACCUACACUUAAGACUCAUUGCAGCAAUCUUUGACUCAAAGCUUUUACAUAUCGCUGGGGACAAUUUAAAAGAGUCACUGUAUGAGGUGGGUAUGGAGAUCUGCGAUUUCUCUUUUUCUAGAAGAGGCUUGCUGCCACUUUUAAGUAAGAAAGUCUGUCAGUUUGUCAGGGAAUUUCAUUGUCCUGCAAGUGAUAAUCAUCUCGAUGACUGGAUAGUAAGCAUCAUUAUUAAUAUUUUUGUCGCCCAACAGACAGCUAUUAACAUUUUCAAACUAAAACCUGUUAUCGGUAAACUUUACGAUUCAAGAAUAAAUGUAGGGCCAUCUUUAUCUUCUGUUUACUAUGAGGUAUAUGGUGAUGAUGAAGUAAUUUCAAAAUUCCAAAUAAUCUCUUUAUUACUCCACACUUCCAACAGCUUCAGAAGAAAAAUAAUAAGUUCUAUUAUUCUCGAUACAAAUGCCUUAUAUUCGAAAAAGAGGAUUGAUGGUCCAGAAGAAACGCAGAGACUAUUCUUAUGGCAGUUGUUGAUGCUUUCUCUUUGCCUCUGUGAUGACAAGAGCCUAGAUGAAACCAUUUCUGAUGAUAUUUUAAAAAGUACUGAAAACGAAGCGUCUCCUUUGGUAAGAGUUUAUAAGGAAUGGUUCAUAUCCUAUCGUUUAGUUUCAGAAUAUGAAGCCUUGGGAGUUAGUAAAAACACGGACUAUUUAUUUAAAUUGUUAAAUGAUCAUAGCAAACCGAUUUUGGCUGUUUCUGCGGAAAGGAUCCUGUUCAUGACGCUGACAACGCUAAGCAAAAUGAAUAAUUCCAGUUUUGAAGGUCUGUUCGAAAAAUACGUCUCUUUCUUGGUAGCAAAUGCUACGUCGAAUAAACCGUUAAUCAGGCAUUUCUCAAACUCGCUGAUACUAUCCUUCUGGCCAAUUUUCAAUGAAAGGGUAGAAGAUCGUACUGUAAAAGCCAUUGUUGAAAAUCUAUAUAAUAAUGCAAAGCAAACGCAAAUUAUUGGCCAAUAUAGGGCUGGUGAUGCCAACGUAUGGGAUAUAUUUGACGACCUCACUUUGACAGGCAUAUUUGGUGGUGUUAUCAAAAAGGUAACAGACCAUGACAUUCAGUACAUUUCUCAAAAGAUGUUCUUGAAGCACUCAAAUUUAUUAGGAGACCAAAUUGAAAUUGGCCGUGAUGAAACUUCUCUAUGGUUGGACAAGAGAAAUUCAGGAUCUAAGGAGAAGCCAUCAUUAAAUACAUUCACUGAUACUAGCAAUACAUCACCUCUACAAACCAAAAGUGGUGCAUGGGAAACGGUGAUGGAUCUUGAUAAUAACAAGACUAAUGAUGUCGUUAAACGCUCAGAUUUGAUUGUCAUUUCUUCGUUAGUUGAUAAGCCACCAAAUUUGGGUGGUAUUUGUAGAUUAUGUGACGUUCUUGGUGUUGGUUUGUUGACUGUACAGGAUAUAAAGGUCAAGAAUCAUCCACAAUUCAAGAAUGUUGCUGUUACAGCCGACAAGUGGAUGCCAAUAGAGGAAGUUCCAGUGGACAAAAUUAUUGAUUUUAUGAAAUCCAAGAAAAGGGAAGGGUACACUUUAAUCGGAUUGGAACAAACUGAUAAGUCUAUCAAACUGGACACAAAUUACAAGUUUCCUAAAAAGUCUUUAAUUUUGUUAGGAACUGAGGCAUUCGGUAUUCCUGGACAUCUAUUAAGUGAGCUUGAUCUUUGCUUAGAAAUUCAGCAAUUCGGUGUGAUUAGAUCAAUGAAUAUUCAGACGGCUACAGCAGUUAUUGUACACUCCUAUACAAUUCAGCACAUGUAA